AUGGACGCCCCCAUCGACGCAGAAGGCCUCGCAUCCAAGGCGCUGAACGCGCUGCUUAAGCAGUGCGCAGCGGACCCGGCGCUUUCACGAGACGCGCACGUGCAGCUGGUGAUCAAUACCAAGAAGCCAAUGGGCACCAAGAAUGACUAUGUCCCCAGGAUCAUCCCUCUGCAACAUUGCAGACUACAGAAGCCUUCGAGCCUGCGAAUACUCCUGGUCGUCAAGGACCCCAGCACGCCGUACCGCAAUGCUCUGAAGGCGGAUAGUGCCACUUCCGAACUCUUCGCCGAUAUCAUCAGCGUCAAGAGACUGAAAACCAAAUACCGCGGCGCCAAGCUCAGCGAGCUGUUCCGGCAGUUCGACAUGGUGGUCGCCGACCACCGUGUCCAGCACCUGCUGCCGCACAUACUGGGCUCUGCCUUCUACCGCUCGAACAAGAAGGUGCCGUUCGUGGUCCAGCUCUCGAGGCAGCCCCAGCCAUCGCGCUCGGGCGCGCCGGACGACGUUGACCCGAAGUACGUGCGCGCCCAGCUGCGCAGCAUCUGCCGGAACACAUGGUACCUUCCCACUCCGGAUAACUGUCUGACCGUCCGCAUAGGUGUCGUGGGAGUCCACCGGCCAGAGGAAAUGCUCCACAACAUCGAGGACGUCGUCAAGUUCUUGUGCGACAAGAACCAGCGGCCCCAGGGCGGCGCCAUCCGCGGAGGAGUCAAGUCCCUGUUUGUCAAGACGAGCAACAGCGUCAGCCUUCCGAUCUACAAGGCUUCAGAGAAGCCGGUGGAGUUCGAAGAUCAGAUACGCCUAUAG